ACUUAGAGAAUAUAAAUCAAACAAACAAAAUUCCGAACACUCAGUAGAACCUCCAGAACAAAAUCCUGAAUGCUCAGUAGAACCUCCAGAACAAAAUCCUGAACACUCAGUAGAACCUCUAGAACAAAAUCUCGAAUACUCAAUAAAACCUCCAGAACAAAAUUCUGAACGCUUAGUAAAACCUCCAGAACAAAAUUAA